AUGGCCACUUCCAUGGCCUCCGAAUACCCCCACCCGCUACCCUCCCCGCCCCCCGUCUACAGUCGCUUCUCGCCCCCUCCGCCCAUCACCCAGCGACGGCCCAGCAUGAUCGCCCGCAAGCCAUUGCCCGCCGACGCCUCGCUGCCCCAGGCGCUAUCCACCACCUCGGCCCCGCCCGCGGUCCAGCCGCCCCACGACCAGUACGAUGUCCCGCCCAUUCCCACCGCCGCCUUGGCCCGCCUGUCCGUGGUCGAUCCCUCGCCCUCGGGGCCGACCACCCAUGGGCCCUUCCCCCCGCGUCGGGACUCCUACGCCGCACCGCGUCGCCCGGAGCCGGGUCACACCCGGGCCGGCAGUGGCUCUUGGUCCGCGGGGGAGCCCCAGGCCUCGGAAGAGACCUCCAGUCUGACCAAGACCAGUGGUUCGUCGUCGGAGGAUCAUGACGCGCAGAGCGGACACCAGAGCUCCUCGCGCGGCAGCCUCGACAGCAUCCCGCAGGCCCCGGAGAACUGCGAGCCGCUGCACUACCACCACCGCCCCUACCGCAGCUCCCUGGGCGCCCCGCGGUCGACAUCAACUACCGCCUUGGUCGAGAACGGCCUCCACGCCGGCAGCCGACGGCCCCGCCGGCCGCGCUCUGCCUACUCGUUCGUGUCGGACGGCCAGGGCUCGCCGCACGCCUCCCCUUACCUGCACGCGCGCAAUGCGUCGCGGAACUCGACGGCGUCCCCGGACGUUCGGCCCCUGUCGUUCGUCGACCUCCUCCACACCUCCUACCCGCAGCCCGGGCCCACGGUGCCGUCGGGCAACCACGCCCACCUCCGGGCCUCGGUCGGCAACCACGCCUCCCUGCUCACCCACCAGCAGACCUUUGACAUGUACCGGGCCAACGUCAAGAAGACCGACGACCCAGCCGUGCAGUACGACUUUGCCGUGUUCAUGGUCAACGCCACGCUCGAGACCCCCGCGGGCCAGUCCCCGGGCGACGGGGCGGCGGCGAUCACCCGCCUGAACCUCCUCAAAGAAGCUCGGUCCAUCCUGCAGCGGCUGGCAGACCGCAGCUACCCGUUCGCGCAGUACUACCUGGCCGACGGGUACGCGUCGGGCCUCUUCCACAAAGGCAAGGAGGACUACGACCGGGCGUUCCCCCUCUUCGUAGCCGCAAGUAAGCACGGCCACGUCGAGGCGUGCUACCGCACAGCGCUCUGCUACGAGUUCGGCUGGGGCACGCGAGUCGACGCGGCGCGCGCGCAGCAGUUCUACCGCCAGGCGGCGUCGAAGAACCACCCGGGCGCACUGCUGCGCAUGGCCAAGGCGUGCCUCGCAGGCGACAUGGGGCUGGGAAAGCGGUACCGGGAGGGAAUCAAGUGGAUGAAGCGGGCGGCGGAGUCGUCCGACGAACAGUACCCGGCGGCACCGUACGAGCUCGGCUUGCUCCACGAGCAAGGGUACGGCGACGACGUGUUCGCAGACCCGGCCUACGCCGCGCAGCUGUUCACCAAGUCGGCGGACCUGGGCCACGCCGAGGCCAGUUACCGACUAGGCGACGCAUACGAGCACGGAACACUGGACUGCCCGCGCGACCCGGCGCUGAGCAUCCACUUCUACACGGGUGCAGCGCAGGGGGGACACGCGCUGGCGAUGAUGGCGCUGUGCGCGUGGUACUUAGUGGGGGCAGAGCCCGUGUUGGAGAAGGACGAGAACGAAGCGUAUGAGUGGUCGAAGCGGGCGGCCAAUUUGGGCCUCGCCAAAGCGGAAUACGCCACCGGGUACUUCACCGAAAUGGGCAUCGGAUGUCGGCGCGACCCCCUCGAAGCCAACGUGUGGUACGUGAAAGCGGCGGACCAGGGGGACGAGCGGGCGACGCAUCGCAUCGCGGCGAUCCGAGCGGCGGCGGAGGGGGUCAGCCCGGGGGAGGCCGCUGUGUAUGGCAAGGGAAAGGGGAAGGGGAAGCGAUUUGGUAUUUUCUAA